ACCUUGGUGGCGCGAUCCCACCACCAGUCCGUGAACGUCCACUUCUUUGACGACGGAAACGUACGCGUGGCAAGGAUCGUUCUGGACAGCGUGCUGUUGCGGUAUGCCGGGCACGUCAACGAGACCGGCCUCGACCAGGAUAAACGGGACGACUACAUUGUCAUCGGCACGCGUGCGUCCCGCGUCUUCCAUUCCGAGGACAUGGCAGUGGAGCUUGACCAGUAUACGGGUCACCGCGAGUUGGCGCAGUUGAUUUAG